UUUUGGCUAAUGGUCUUUUUGUUUUAAAGAUUCAUGAUAAAAUUGAACAAGAACUGAAGGAACAAAACACAGGCAUUGGGAUCGUGAAGAUCAAAUUUCCUGUUAAAGAACUUGGCGACCUUAACUUACGGGAAAAAAUCCACAAAGCCUUCAAUGCUGAAAGAAGUG